UAAUUUGGAUGAAGAAGCCAAACCAAACGAAGGAAAACAGAGAAGAAACAAAAUGCCCCGUCUUUGAACCUUUCCUUUCUCUCUCCAUAAUCAAAAUUUAAUUGGGUGCAAACAAAAACAUGCAGACUCAAUUGUGCACUCCUUUACUUCAAUCAAUCUGCCCAAACAGGUCCAAUGGGUUUCGAUUUUUAGACACAUAGAAAUCAAAAACUCACAACGCGAGAGAAUCCCCGGAAACUCACACCAUGGAAGAAUCAAAUGAACUGCAUUCUGAGGAGAAUAAAACUUCCCAAGAUAAUAAUAAGAAAAGAAAGCUGAAGACACCAGCCCAGCUUAUGGCUUUAGAGAAAUUUUAUAAUGAACAUAAAUACCCUACAGAGGAAAUGAAAUCACAAGUUGCGGAACAGUUAGGAUUGUCAGAAAAGCAGAUAUCUGGAUGGUUUUGCCACAGAAGGUUAAAAGACAAAAGAUUGUCAAGAGAUGAAACUUGUGCUAAUGGACGGCAAGAUCGUUCAAGUGGUGUUAUUCAGGAUCGAGCUAGUGGACUUGGGCAAGACUCAUGUGGCAGCACUAAACAUGGAGAUCAUAGGUAUGUUGAUCCAAGGGAGGUUGAAAGUCGAAGGCUUUCUGGGCAUGAUUUCCCAGCUGCAGAUAUUACCCGUGAGUAUAGGAGUCACUAUACCGAAAGAGUUGGUGGCAUGGAUAAUACAUCUUCAGAAAGUAGCUCGUCUUUACAAGAUAGGUUCUUUACUCAAAAUGACGAUCCGUAUGAUGUGGAAACUUCUAGAUACCUAGCGCAUAAUGGAGUCUUUUCACCCAUAAAUUCCAGGGCCACAGAGAACAUGGCAUAUAAGCCCUCAGGGUAUUUGAAAGUGAAAGGUGAAGCAGAAAAUGCUGCUAUUACAGCUGUUAAGAGGCAACUUGGGAGGCAUUAUCAGGAGGAUGGUCCCCCAUUAGGUGUAGAAUUUGAUUUGCUUCCUCCUGGUGCAUUUGAAUCCCCGAUUAUGGAUUCAGUCCAUGAACCAUCCAUUGUUGGGAAUCCUGUCCUCCGUUCUCCUGACAUUUCUGGAGUGAAAGGGCAACUUAGUCCAAGAACUAGAUAUGAAGUAUACAAUUCCAAGUUCAGUUCCCAGGAUUCGUAUAUACAGCAGGAAAAUCCUUGCAUUAUGCAUGGGUUUGAUCUUCAGGAGAAGAAAUCUAGCAAAAAAUUGAGACAAAAGUCAACUUAUCUCAACCACACAAAUUCUUCUCCUGGAAAAAACUCUUCCUUGGAUAUUUAUGAUAAAUCUGUUGGCGGAACCUCUGCUUAUAAUACCAAUAGGAAAGAUAAAAUGAGAUCUAAGCGGGGUUACUCUGGUAGGAAAGUUACUAGUGAACAAACAGAGCCUUGUUUACAUGAGUAUGAUAGAGUUAGUAGCCCCAAGCUUGUCCAAAGGAGUGAUUAUUUGAAGCCAAAGCCUUCGAGUUCUAUAGAGGAGAACCUUGAUGGAGAAUGCAAGGCCAUGAAAGUCUAUAGCAAUCCACUUAGAGUAAUGAUGAACUCUACUGAUGAAAUGGUGGUUGCAAAACAAGCCAGAGUUAAUCUCCCUCAGCGAGAUUAUUCGACAAAUUCGUUUCCUCAACUGCCACCUCGUAAAAAUCAGAUUAAAGGAACUGCUAUGGAGAUGCCAUCUAGCUUCAGUGAGGAUGAAACUGCAGAAACCAAUUCUUCUGUGGAUUGAGGAUCCCGCAAUUGAAGGAUCGAAAGCUGGGAGGGAUUCACAAUGGCCUAGGGAUGUACAGUUGAAUAGAGCAUGUAUUCCAUUUAAGCACAUCAGAAGUAAUAUAUGCCGCAUUGUUAUCGUCAGCAGCAAAAUGCAGUUGCUGGCCUGUUUUGCUCUUCCAGUGAUCAUUUGUUAAUAUGUGUAGAAAUAAUUUUUUUACACAAUCUAGUUGGUAUUGCAUUAUGGUGAGUGUGAUAGAGGUGACAGUAAGAUUGUAAAUCUUCUCUGUCUGGAUCUGCUAUGAGUAUGGUCUUUAGAAGGAAAGCUCAUCCAACGCAAGUUACUGCUUUUAUUGUUGGUUAAAUGAUGGCAGAGCUUUCUGCAACUACAAAAUUUGGCUUGCUUUAAUUUAUAAUGAGAAGAAACGGGUUGUAACUUAUUAAUGGUUCCCGGUUCAUGCAUUAUGGUGGAGGAAUUAACUCAUGUAGCAGAUACAUGAUUUCUCCGUUGAAACUUUUGUAGCAGAUACAUGAUUUCAUUA